AGAGAAAACAUUGAAUUAAAAAAACACAAAAUAUUUAGGCAUUCAUUGAAUGACAAUUCAUUUGAAGGCAUCGUUUGGCGGACAACACAAUCACAAGAAGCGGAAGAAUGUCUUUGAGUGAGUUCUGGCACCACUUGACGGGUCCCCGACUCUAUCGGAUCUUCAGGUUUAGAGACGCGCCGGGCCGAAGAUAUGCGGCCAACUCUGUGGAGGUCUAUUCGGAUAAAGUGGUGAAACUGGUGACAGUGUUGAGUUCGUUGGCCCUCUACUCGAGCCCUAUAGUGAUCACAUACCUGUUCCGCAAGGGAUGGAUCACGAGUGCCAACAAUUACAUUGUGUUUAACCACUCGUUUCUACGGAUCGCCACAACACUGACGUUCGUAUACGUGGGCGCACUCCUGGCCAGAGACAUCGUUUGGCGGACAACACAACCACAAGAAGCGGAAGCAAUGUCUUUGAGUGAGUUCUGGCACCACUUGACGGGUCCGCGACUCUAUCGGAUCUUCAGGUUCAGAGACGCGCCGGGCCGAAGAUAUGCGGCCAACUCUGUGGAGGUCUACUCGGAUAAAGUGGUAAAAUUGGUGACAGUGUUGAGUUCGUUGGCCCUCUACUCGAGCCCUAUAGUCAUCACAUACCUGUUCCGCAAGGGAUGGAUCACGAGUGCCAACAAUUACAUUGUGUUUAACCACUCGUUUCUACGGAUCGCCACAACACUGACGUUCGUAUACGUGGGCGCACUCCUGGCCAGAGGUAUCGGUCGCUCGACAAACACUGAUUACCGGAGUUUUGCUCGAAUACUGAAGAGCUCUAAACAGAAGAGCGAUUUGUCUCGACUCACACUUUCGCGGUUUGAGUUCGACUUCAAUCACUGGCCAAUCGAUUUCCGAUGGUAUGAGUCGAAGCUGUCGGACACGAAGAAAGCGCCGCAAUUGGUGUCAGCGCGAGGCUCGUCGCGGCGGUCAACGCUGUUGUCGAUUCCGUGCGAUCUCUUGAGUUACGUUGUGGUGCACACCAUCGGUCGCCGUAUGCUAUACCCGGGUUCUGUGGGUUUGCUUCAGUUGGCGCUGAGCGGCGCUCUGGAAGACGGCCGCACCAAACUCGUCGAGGAGAACAGUGGCGAGCGAUACAAACUGUUGGCCAGAGAUGGCAAUCAUAUCGACACUAUGUUUGUCGACCGCCGGGUCAGGGGUUCGCCAAAGAGCAAGACUCUGGUCAUAUGCAGCGAAGGCAACGCCGGCUUUUACGAGAUCGGCACAAUGUCCACACCAUUAGACGCCGGCUAUUCGGUGCUCGGCUGGAAUCACCCGGGCUUUGGCGGCAGCACUGGUCUCCCGUUCCCGCAGAACGAUAUCAACGCCAUAGAUGUGGUCAUUCACUUUGCCGUCGAGCGGUUGGGCUUUCCGUUGGAUUCAAUCAUUUUCUUCGGCUGGUCUAUCGGCGGGUUUCCCACCUCUUGGGCCGCACAGCAGUAUCAAGACAUCAAAGGUGUCGUUUUGGACGCCUCUUUCGACGACGUGCUGCCAUUGGCUGAGGCGAAGAUGCCUAACGCCAUAAAUCCAAUCGUACAGAACGUAAUCCGUGGUUAUUUCAAUUUGAAUGUGUCGGCAAAUCUGAACCAAUACGCGGGUCCCGUGGCCUUCAUUCGGCGUCUUCAGGACGAGAUAAUUAAUACUAACCAUUUGGAGCCGUUUCGCACCAAUCGGGGCAAUGAUAUGCUUUUAAAACUACUUAACAAUCGUUUCCCGAAACUGAUGGCCGACGAGAAGGCAAAGAAGGCGCUCGAAGAUUGGCUAAUGAGUGAUCCAAACGGUCAAUCCGCAAUUGUGAACACUUAUGAAGUGCGGGACGACUACUGUAUGACUGAAUUGUUGUCAUACAUCGACAGAACCGGCGCUCAAUACCCGCUCCUCAUUGGAGAUGACAUGUCGUCCGAACUGAAGAUUAAAUUAAUUAUAUUUUUAGCCAAGAAACACAUGAAGAAUUACGACUCCACUCAUUGCACACCACUUCCGCCCCUACUGUUUGAGGAACCGUUUGAUUUGUUUGCUAUUUAUAGAUCCAAAUAUAACAGUAAAUUAUAGAUUUUAUAUAAUUUUAAUGCAAUUUUAACGACAAAUACUUUUUCUAAAUAAUUAAUAGAGUGAUGUGAAAAUGACA